AUGUGUAAUCAAAUAAAAAUGUACAAACCGAAUGAAAUGACAAAGUUAUUAGGCAAACUAAAUAUAAUCUGUUUCAUAUUCGGUCUGAGGAACAUCUGGGUAGAAGACGUGAAGUUAGCAAAUAGAUUCAUCAGCACCCGCGCAUGUAACAGACUCUUGCUCUUCGCAGAGAUUUUCUACAUCAUUUUUGCCUCAACGAUCUUAGGAUCACUGUUUACUCAGAAGAAUUUGUCUGAGAAGCAGAAACUGGAUCAGAUGAUGUUUAGUAUUACUCUGCCCGGGAAUAUAAUGUUCCACUACAUCCUGCUGUACCGCAGACAUGAGGUCAGGAACCUGCUGUACCAUCUAACAGUGGUGCUGAAGGAACACUACAACGAUGCUGACUUAGAACGGGAGAUGAUUAAGAAGAUUAAGGUGUUUUCUAUUAGUCUCUGCGGCCUCGUGGGGACGGUGGUGGUGUCUUAUGGUUUGAGUGCAUUUUACCGAUUGGUUACUGCAGGUGAAACUUUUGUAACAAUCACAUCAGCGUGGCCAGAUAUCCAUGACAGGUCCACUGCAGCCGGUCUAGUCAGGGUUUUCGUCUACUUCUGGUGGUACCCCUUCGCAGCACGUAUCAUGGUGACCUUCUUAAUCCUAGUCACCAUGCUGGUGUCCAUAUGCUAUCAGUUUAAGAACCUGCAGAGCUACUUCUAUAGCCUCGAUGCAAUAUUCUCUGAUCGUACACUGAGCCAAGAACAGAAGGAGAAGAAAUACGAAGAUGUAUUUAAACUUGGGAUAAAGAUGCACUCGCUUACAUUGUGGUGCAAGAAUCAGCACCAACACGUCAGUAAGGAGUUGUUUGCCACUGAAAUACUAUUAUUCUUCGGAAUGUUGCUAUCCCAGCUUACUGCCUUGCUGGCUGACGAUCGGAAUAUGACGCAGUUGUGCACGAUGUUCAUUACGUCGGUGACGACAUGUCUCGCUUUGGGAUUCUUCAUGUGGAAUGGAGGCGACAUUACAUUGGAGGCUUCUAAGCUAUCGGAGGCGAUGUACUGUUCGGGCUGGCAGAACUGUUACGGACAAUCAUCUGUUCGCAUCAGAAAGCUAGUGGUCAACGCAUUGAGGCAGGCUCAGAAUCCAGUGGUUUAUAAGACAUUGGGGAUUGUAGAAUUCUCCUACGAGUCGUACGUCAGGCUUGUUAAGAUGCCAUAUUCUGCAGUGUCGGUGUUUUAUUGAAACUUUACACUAUU